AUGAUAUGCAAUUGCAUUGAGCUGCAUAAAAAAGGAAAAAAAGUUGGUCCCAUGGAAGCCUUCAAGGAGAAGUUUGGGGCUAUUGAGGCAAUGAGAAACGAAAACAGGUUUUCUGCAAAGAAUUACGCUGGAUAUAAGAAUUAUUUGAAAGUGAAGCUGAGGGAUGCAGGCAACAGGAGGAUGGGCGUGUAUAAACUUGAGUCGAAUGUAUGCAAGUCGUUGAUGCUUAGGUCUGUGAAGUUUCUGAAGAGCAAUUUACGUAUAUUGAGGAAAGAUACAUCUGAGUUUGGGGAGAUGUACAGAAAUCUUAUGAAUGGAAUGAUAGGAGCUGGAGAUGUUGAUGCGGGUGUUUUUAUGGAUCUACGAGAAAGGCUGGUGGAGUUCAAAAGUUUUUUGGAUCAGAUAGAUGGAAUACUUGAGCAUGCACCUUACAAUGUCGAUACGUCAGUGCUAAAGGUGAAGGAGAUGUGGCAUGAUAUUGAGCUUAGGUUUGAUACAGAUGCAGAAAGAAGGGCGUUUCAGGCAGGAGCGGUUUUUGAGAGUAGAGGAUAUGAUGCAGAGGUGGCAAGAAGAGUGAACAAGGUGGAGGAAGCGAAAAGAAAGUUAUUUUUGUUGAUUGAGAAGAGGCCUACAAAGGUUCUGUGCAUUGGAAAGAAAGUGAAGGUGCUGCAAGAGGCGUUUGAGGAUCUAAAGAUGUUUUUGAGGGAGAACUUGGUUGACUCGAAGUAUAUUGAUGAAGCACUUGAGGACACGAAGAGUUUGUGGACAUACUAUGCAAGGAUUGAAGAGCUGAUAGUGUUUUUGAAGAAUGAUGAGAUGAUUGAUGCAUUUGUUGUUCCGACGAUGUUUAAAAGCUUGGAACGGCAGAUUGUACAGGCAAGAGAAGACUUUUCCAAUGUUCCCAAGAAGUAUUUGAAGGCGGGAUUGAUGAAGCAAUUGGAGGAGUCUCUGAAGCCCAAAGAUCCAGCUAUAAAGGUGCCUUUUGCUCCUGUGAUAUUUGACAUUGCGCGGGAUUACAUUAGCUAUCCGCCUGAUGAUAAAAAGCUUUCUGAGCUGUUUAAACAGCUUUCGAUGUCAAAAUGA